AGAUCAAGAUCAUGUAAACAAAGUGACAGAUCAAGAUCAAGGGGGACGCUAGUGUAGUGUUUCAGUGUGUGUGUAGGUGUCUUAACUUGACUUGUAGGUUAUUUUAAGAGGGUGAAGGGCAGUGGGGAGUGUUUUGGCGCCAUGUGAGCUGAAGGAAGUGCAAGUUCCAGCGUCACCACGACCCCUGAGCCAUGACUCGCAUUGCGGCACUCAAUGACUGGUCCCUGGGCAGCAGUGAGGAGGAUGACGUGGGCCCCACCAGGGAGGCGCUGGAGGCUCAGGCCACCAAAUAUUACAACGAGGCCAUCAACUACCUAGCUCACGGCAAUGAUGAACAGGCGCACCACCACUUCAGCCAGGUGCUGCAGAACCCAUAUGUGGAGAAGGCAAACUGGCCGGAGGGAGGGCAGCACCAGGGCGGAGGCCUCCCCCAGGAUGUGGCCCUCAAGUACUCAUGCCUCAAGAACCUGGGCAACCUGGCCACCAAACGAGGGGACUCGGAACAGGCCGCCAAGCACUACCUGGAGGCAGUACAGCUGGAUAACACAGAAGUAACAUUGUGGCAGAGACUCGGCGCCUCAGCAAUCAAAAUCAAGGACUUCGAACUGGCCUUGGUUGCCUUCCAGGAGGGCCUGAAUGUGAAUCCAAACCACUGGCCAUGCAUGGACCAGCUGAUGUCUGUGCUGUUCAUCCUGGAGAUGUACAUGGACUGCCUGGGCCUGGCCAUCUCCUCCCUCAAGCAGGACCCGGGCUACAUCAAGGCCAAUGCUUUCAAGGACAAGAUAUUUGAGCUGCAGCCAUCCCUCAUACAGGAUGCCAAGGCUUUCUUCUCAGACAGCUCAGUCCUUUUCCGGACUGUUGAUUAUGACAAGGCAAAAGGGGAGAAGUUCAUAGCUACUUGUGAGUCUCUGCGUCCGGCCCCGAAGGUUCCUCGUGUUCCCUCCCCCUUGCCCAACCAGCGUCUGAGAGAGUCCCUACAAAGGCUCACUUGGGAGAACCUUGCCCAGGCCCUCAUCAGCACCUAUGAUGUCCUGGUGGAGGCUGAUGGAAUGGAAUUUGCAGCUAGGAUUGAUGUGCAUGAUGCUUUGAAACUGAGGGAGGAGAUGAAGACUGAUGAGACAGGAACAUCUGACGCCAACAAGGAGACAGAGACACAGGAGCAGGAGGCAAAGGGGGAAUCAAACAAAGACAAGGAGGAGAUAGCAAAAACCAGUGAGGGACCUGACAGUGGCAAGCAGAAGCCAGAGCAGGGUGGCAGCAGCAGUGGUGACGAGUGCAGGACUGGCAACAAGACACCAACCAGCGAGGAGAGACUAGACGGAACAGCAGUGGAUGGCUCAGAAAACUCACUGACGCCACGGAGGAUAUCAGGCCGCAGACACACCAUUGAGUUAGGGGAGAGCCAGGACUCCUUCAGGGUUGCAGAAAAGCGGAGAUCCUUGGAUAGUGACACUCAGAACCUGGAAGAUGAUCUGAAAGGAGAUGAGAGUGUUAGGCAAGAGGAUACAGCAACUAAAGACAGAGAGGGUCAUGAGCCUAAGAAACUGUGUGUGGGCAUUCAUGAGGAGCAGAAGGAGGGGAGUGCAUUUAAUAUUAAUAGUGUUCCCAGUGCAGCUGCUGAAGGCAUUACAAAGGCAUCAGAGACUCCUGGUGUAGGUGAUGGUGGUGCUGUAAGUGAGAAGAGCAGCUGUGGGAAGGAUGGUGCAGAAACUCCUACCAGUUUUCCACAUUUUUCUAGACAAGAGAGUGUGAGUGAUUCCAGAGAUAAAAGUGAAGAUGUGGCAGUGACAGAGAGGGACAGUGCACAGAUUAGUGAACCAAAACAUCCUGCUAGGGAAGAUGAAAAGACUGAGAGACCAGAAACCACACAAGAUGAGAAAUUAAAGGACAUAAAUGAUGAAACAAACAAACCAGAAAGUCAGCCUCCUCAAGAAACUUUAAGUGAAGGCAUCAGUCUACUGCAUGGAAAUCUUCAAGAGAUCAUAGAGAAAACCAUUGGGCCAGAGAACAGUACAAUUGAUGAGCCUCAGCAAGACAAAGAGGAUGAGAUACAACAGGAACAGGAGAUUAAUGCAGAGAAACCCUUGAUGGAAAGUGAUGUAGAGGAAAGAGAAGCCAUUCCUGAGGGAAAGGAAGGAAUUAGUAAUAUAGACAGUGGUUUCAAGGAGCAAGAGGAAGUUGUCACUGAACAAGGUAUGCUGAUCGACCAGCCUGAGAGAGAGACUUAUUGUGAGGAGGAGGAAAACAGACAACUUGGGGAACACCAAGAGGAUGGAAUGGAAGAAGAGUUGAGGGGAGGAAUUGAACAGGAGGAGCAGGUGGUUGAAACAGACAUGAUACAGAUGCAGGUAGAGGAGGAGGAAGGGAUGCUGGAGGAGGAGCCAGAAGUAGGAGUGGAAGGUGUGACAGAAACAGAGGAGGCAGUCAACACUCUGAAGGACAUCAUGGCUCUUCAACCCACAGAAAUCCUUGGCCUUCCCGAACCAGAUGAAUUUGACUAUGCUGGUGAAUAUGUGGAGUAUUUUGAGGGUGGCGUGUACGAGGACGAUGAGUUGGAGAACAUGAAUAACGAUGGAACGUACAUUGAAGGGGAGGGUGCAGAUGGUAUGGGUGCAGAACAGGAACAGAUGGAACAGAUGGCUCUAGAACAGGAGGAAAUGAAUGAAAGAAUACAAGAACCAUCAGAGGGUAUGGAGCAGGAGGUGGAUAAUACCGAACAAGUGGAGAUGGGGGAGCAGGUGGAAGCAGAUGCAGGAAUGGACAUGGUGGAUGGGGCUGUGGAGGGCAUGGGGCAGCAAGAGGCAGAGUUUGUGGAUCAGGACGUGGGUGUGGAGGGAGGAGCGGAACAAGAGGAGGCAGGGGAUCAGGCAGAAAACCAGGAGGAAGAAUACAACCAGAUGAUGGAGAGGAAUGCCAUGGAGGAAAUGGAGGUGGAGAGAGGAGACGAGGAGCUAGAGGAGGAAGGAAUGGGAGGGGAGGAAGAGAGGGGACGAGGACAGAUCAGCCCAGAAUCCUCACCUCCCAAAGCUACAGAGAAAGAGAACAAGGAGAAUGAGGAGCAGGAACCCAGUGCGGUGCGACAAACACGGAACAGCACAGAGGAUGACUCAACGCGCAACGAGAGUGACAAUAACCCAGAGGAUAGUGAAGCAAACACCAGCAAACCCACCACCACCAAUGCUAGUGACACAAAGACAGACAACAAGGAGCAAAAGGAGGAGGGUGUUGCUGCCACUCCAGACACCACAUCCCAGGCACAGGGCAACACCACAGAGGCUGAGAAGACCACACAAGCCACACCAGGCACUGUGAAGAAGCCAAAGAGGCACAAGAGGGGUUUAGAGAGGGAGUUGGAGCAGCUGGACUACUGGGGAAGGCGGCAGGAACGGGAUGCCAAGAGGAGAAGGCGCACUAUCUCAUCCAAGCUCCUGGGAAGUAUUGAGGAAGCUGAAUACCUCACAUGGGCUGACCUGCUGAAGAGUUUUCUGCCAUCGUCCCUUCUGAAUGCUAAUGUGGAGGAGAGGAACAAGACAAAGACAUCCCAGCCCCAAACAUCUGUGUCCCAAGGGAAGACUGAGGAGAGGACAGAUGUUACUUCUACUAUAGCUGAAGGUACAAAUAAGUCCAGCAGUCUUCCAGCAGUGACUCCAGCACCACCUAACCCUGCAGCCCCUGCAUCAUCCCAGAGUGGUGAAGGCAGCCAGAGCAAAGUAGGGGAAGGAGGAGAAACAGGAACAGGAGCUAGACCAGACGCACAAGAAGGUGAAAAGACUACUUUAAAGGAAGAGGAAGAUGCCCCCAAGUUCCUGACUGACCCAAACACACAAGGAUCUUUAAGUAAUGGAAAGUCUGCCGCAAAUAAGACUAUAGUGGCAAUGGAGGUUGAUGACGACCCUAGACUUGAGGGAGCCAACCAGCCAGGAGGCAAGGAAGGCAAAGUGAAAGAGGAGGAAGAUGUGGAAGCUGAACUGAGGAGGAAAAGGAAGGAGAUAAUUCUGUCGCCUUUAUCAUCGGAGGAGGAGCAGGUUGAAGCAUUCCUGCUGUGUCAUGAGGAGAAUGGGGGCAUCCUUCACCUGCUGCAGCUGUGCCUCCUCACCCUGUACAGGAGGCACCUCAAGGCCUGGCCCCCCCUGCCUGCCAAACUCUUCACUGAGAUCUACCCAAGAGUAAGGAACCAUGUGCCCCACAGACCAGCUCUCAGUCUUCAGGAGGACUGGACGAGAUUACAUGAGGAUACCAUGCUGUCCCUCACACACUGGGAGUUGGUGCUCAGUCUUUACCAGGUGGCCAAGCAGGACACUCUACACAGCAAACUCAAGAACCCCUUCACUGGGUCGUGUGAGCACCUGGAUGACGACCUGGUGCACCUCACCCUCAUGCUGGGCCGUGGGGAUGUGUGGGUGCAGGAGGCUCCUCAGUUCCACACUCGCCUCCGGUGGCUGCAGGCUCAGGUGAAGGUGUGCCAAGACCAGCCAGAGGAGGCCGUCAAGCACUUGGAGCUGCUUCUACUUGACCUAGACCGCCUGGCUGACCCAGACAAGGAGUAUGUGGUGGAGUGUGCCAAGGCAGAGGGUGACCCGACUCUGGUUAACAACACUGAGGUCAGGCGUCACCUCAACUUCCUGCAGAGAUCACACAUGCUGGAACAGGUGGUGGACAACUACACCUGUAACCGCUACCAGAUGGUGGCCGAGCUUCUCACAAGUAUCUUCCACGAGCCUCCGCCCAAGGCCAGGCCCGGUGUCACCCUCCCCACACGCCAGACUCAGCUUGUCAUCCUCAUGGAUUCGCUACUCAAACUCAAGGACUUCAAGGGAGUCCUGUCGUGGGGUGCUCCAUCCCUAGCCGAGGCCCUGAAACGCUACAACCGAGCUGAGGCUGAGGAGGAGAAGAACAGGUGGGCCAAGACCCUCAUGAUCAUCACAGACUCCAUCAACUCCACCCUCGUGAAGGACGUCACUUAUUUGGACAGUCUCGGAGGUGAGAAGCUGCUGGAUCUUGUGAACACCCUCAUUCAGGUGUUGGUGGUGCAGCUGGAGAAGCCUCAGAGUGCUCAGGUGUUGCCUCUGGAGACCCUCACACCCUGGAUCGUGUUGCACCGCAUGCUGUCCCAUGAAGAGAAGCUGCAGAGGCAGGCAGAGGGCAAGCAGGAGGCAGCAGGGACAAGAGGGAGCAGCACCACCAGCCAGCAGGAAGGUUCCCAGGCCACAGACACAUCCGGUUCCCCAGGAGACGCAGACAGUGGGGAGGGAGCUGAUAAGAAGGCCCAGGAGAAAGAGUCGUCUGAGGAGGAAUCCCCAAGUGACAGCAAGGGUUCUGAGGUGCCAUACCCCUCCACACUCUUCCUCAUCACAGCACAUGAUGAACUGGGGAAGCAUUCCUGGUGUUGCUAUGAUGACGGUGUGUUCCUGCUGUACUGCCUCGAUGUGCUGGUUGGAGAGCUGAGCCGGCCCCUGGACACACAGCACAGACAGCUGCUGCACCACACCCUUGAGCAGAUCUCCUUUUGUCUCUACUCACACCCAUCCAAAAAGUCAAAGCACAAACAUCUGAGAGACCAUGGUGUGCCUCAAAUAGCCUUGUGCUGGGAGCGUGCCCUGCAGCUCUUCCGCUACUACUGCCCCACCCAGCUGCCCGACUUCCAGUCCUCACAGAUCCCCUCCAUUACUGAUGAUGUUGCUUCCUUCCUCAAGAGGAUUGUUGCUCUGUUCCCUGAUGAUGCUCGGCCAGAGAACAAAGUGAGUGUGGUGGACGCCUUCAUCAGCGGGGAGGUGAAGGAUUGCAGUGUCCCGGCCGUCACUCCCCCAACAGAGGAGGUGCGUGACUGCUUUUACCUGCUAGGAGACUACUACUUCAAAAACAAGGAAUGGAACAAUGCCAUCAAGUACUACAAGAUGGAUGUGGUGAUGAACCCUGACCGCCUGGAUUCCUGGGCACCUCUUGGCCUGGCAAUGAAGGCCAUCAUGGAGACGCAGCUUAACUCGUGUGAGGUGAUUGAGAACGAGGAGGAGUUUUUUGCAAUGGCCCAGCGAGGUACCCGGUGCUUCUGCCUGGCACUCAAACUAGAUGAGUAUCACACAAACCUUUGGGUAGAGUUUGGUGGACUGGUCUAUAUGGUUCACUCUCACGCCUCACGUCUCUUGAAGCAAGACUUGAAUCCUGACAUUAGCAUUGAGACCUUUGAAAUGCUGGAGAAGCUGAAGGGGGAGAUGCUGAGCCAGGCUGAGCAGUGCUUCACCCAGGCCCUCAAGAUCCAGGAAGAAGGCUGGGAUGAUGACUGCCUACCAGAUGAGCGCUGGCUUCACUGUUACAUGCUGGGGAAGGUGGCAGAGAAGAAAGGCAAGGAUCCCAAGGUGAUCUUAGAGUAUUACAUCAAGGCCAGCCAGCACCUGCAUCAGAUACAAGCAAAAUACCCAGCCAAGAUCAAUUACAACAGUCCACAAGAGUACUCAGUUGAGGCACUGGAGAUGUACUAUAGAAUCCAUGCAUAUAUUCUGAAGUACCUUCAGGUCAAGGAAGGGAAGAGUGUUGAGAAGGAGGUGAUGGACAUCUUUACCAAGGUUCUGGAUGAAAUGGCAAACAGUCCUUUUGUGUUGUGCCAGGAGAAGAAAAAGUCAUCCUCUGACACUGGUAGAAUUGCCACCAGUGAUCUUGGUAGUGUAACAAAUAGCAACAUUUGGGGCGAGUUGAGUGGUGGACUGUCCUCAACACAGAAGAAGCAAGGGGAAGAAAAUGACCACAAUUCCCCUGCAAAGCCUGCUGGAGAUGAUUCAGAGGACACGGAGAACAUUGUAAAGGAGGUUGUUCAUGAUAUUAUUAGUGAUGCUGUGAAUAUGUGUGACCUGCCCAGAGAGGAUGGUGAGAAGAGGGGUGAAGGCAAGGACAAGGACAGCAGUGCAGGACCCAAGGCAAGUGGCAAGGACAAGGACAGGCGGGAGAGUGAUGAUGACAUUCUGGUGGUAGAGGAGAAGGUCAUUGAGAAGUAUGACCACAUCACCAUCAUCCAGAGAUGUAUCAAUGCCCUCAAGCUUUGCCUUGUGCGGUUCCCACAGAACUACAAGGCGCUGUAUCGCCUGGCAUACUACAACAACACUUCCAAGUUCCACAAGGACAGUAGUCGAGCAAGGAACUAUAUGCUGGGAUGUGACUUCUGGCAGCGAGUGGGGUACAUGCCCGUCAACGGACUGUUCAACGAACGUAAGGUGUGGAUCCAGCAGCCCAAGAAUUGUAACUUUUUCCACGGGGUGUGGCGGAUACCAAAUGACGAGGUGGACCGGCCAGGGAGUUUUGCCGCUCACAUGUACCGCUGUGUGUCCCUCAUACUGGACAUCCUUCCCCAGCUGAAGGACUUCUAUGCAGUUUUACAGAUUGCACUUGCCUUGAAAAACUCUCCAGAGAAGGAUAAAAAGUACCUAAGAGACAAUGAGCGUGAGCUGCUGUCAGAACAUGCUACACAGGUGGGUCUUCAGGCAAUGAAGGACAAGUACAAGUUCCUGUUCAAGGGAAGCUCCCCAGCACACAAUAACCGCCGCAUGGCUUUCCUCUUGGACGUGUAUCGCUCCUACAAGCAGAUCAGCAGACACCUGCCAGGGUCUGAGCCUCACUUGGCUAAGAUGGUAACAGAAACCUAUGCUGGUCUGAGAGGCAUUGAACCAGACAGCAGGGCAAACCUCCUUCGGGAAGCUGACGCUUUCUGCAACAGGAACCAGCAUGUGCAGCAUCGCCUCCCUCAGUCCUCCGGGCCGGAGGCUCCAUUGAAUAUAAAUAGGACACCAUUUCCAUCCCGCAGAGGGAGACCUCCAGGCACGGGGCGUGGCAGAGGUCGAGGCCGUGGCUCUCUGUACCCCUCCCACACCAACCCUAACAUGCUAGCCAUACAGGAGGCCUACAAGAUGUAUGAGAAUGUGGUCAAUACACGAGCAGUACUAAACAACCAAAAUCUCGAUCGUGCUGCCAUCUUCAAGCACCAGAAGGAGUUGGAAUACUACCAAACUGAGUUGUCAAAGUACAUGAGCAUCCCAAGCGUCACCCAAUACUUCCGGGCCACACUGGAGAGUGUUGGGAUCAUGGCCAAGGAUAAGUUACCUCCCCCAACAGCAGCACCAUCUGUCUCAAAGGCCUCACCCUCCGCCCCAUCUCCUAGCUCAAGUGCACCCAGUGUUUCAAAUGUGCCAGCAAGCAGAAUCACCCAGCCCACCCCUGUCCCACAGAUCAGUGUAGCACAGCAGGCACCUCUCAGCCAACCUAAGCCUGUCACCCUGCCAGGACGAUCACAGAUUCACGGUAUCUCCAUUACAACGGUCAACUCUCCCAAGACCACCAAUGCAUCACUUAAUAAACCCUUAAAGCCAAACAUGUCAGUCACCGUCAGCCCCAUUAAGUCAUCCUGCCCGCCAGCUCUCCAAGGUCGGGGUGAGAUCUCUGUGAUAACGGUCACACGUCCUUCAGUGUCCACCAGACCUUCCAGCAUCACCACCACCGCUGCCACCAUCACCACAACCAGCAAAGUGGAUCCCACACCCUCUGUGAUAAAGACUCCCACCACUUCCCCAAAGCCUGUUUCCACACCCAGUGACAGUGGUGCCAGGGACCUCCCCUCCACAGUGCCCAAGCUCCCAGCUGGCACCACCAUCAUCCACCCACGUGACUCUCCAAACAAACCUUCAGGUCCCCGGCCACAGCUGCAGGCACAGGCCAGACCCGCCAAGACGCAAAACACAGAUUCAGCGCUGGACGGUCUCUCCAGCCCCAUGAGGAAGGUGGCAGCAGAAAUAAUUGCCACUGGUACAGGACCCACUACAACACGGCCCAGUGGUGCCCCAAAACCUGUUCCUUCAGCCACAAGUCCCAAACCUUCCCUGCCCAAGGGCAUGACCAUCACCCCAGCACCCAGGAUCAAGAGCCAUUCCAAGGUUGCCCAGCCUCCUGCCAGGACCACUGCCCCUUCAACCACAUCAUCCUCACCAUCAUCAUUUGCUGGGUCAUUUUCUGCCCCAGUGAACAAAAGUGGGAGGGCAGGUGUGGGUGGCACCUCUGCUAGUGUCAGUGCCACAGUCAUUGGUUUGGAGGGACGGCGCCCCAUCCCCACAUCCACCUCCCAGCCAAACAAACCUGUUCAGGUCACACAGCUCAGCCCAUCACAGCUGAUGCAGUUGGCCUACAACAGCAGAGAAGGAGGAGGCAAUAUCUCAGGACUGCUGAAUCAGUAUUCCAAAAAUGUCAUACGUCAGAGCACCCCACAGACGCCUGCCGCUGCUCCCCGUCAGCAGACCCCUGCCGCUGCUCCCCGUCAGCAGACCCCUGCCGCUGCUCCCCGUCAGCAAACCCCUGCAACCCCCCAGCAGAGGCCACUGUUAAGCAACCCUCAGCGAGACAUGUCAGUCAGGCCCCCCCUCAGUAAGCCGCCGCCGCCGCCGCCGCCGCAGCAGCAACAGAGCAAGCCAGACCAAGCCCAGCGGAGGUCUUCAGACGACAUCAUUGUGUUAGACUAAACUAUCGCAUAAUUUAAUCUCAUUAAUUCUUGGUCUUGAUUAAUAUAGAAGUCAUGGUCUUCGUUGUGAUGUUCGUUUUUUAUUAUUUUUUUAUUUAUUUAUUUUUAUUUUUAUUAUUAUUAUUAUUAUUAUUAUUAUUAUUAUUAUUAUUAUUAUUAUUAUUUAUUUAUUUAUUUAUUUAUUUAUUUAUUUAUUUUAUUUAUUUAUUUUUUUUUUUUUUACUGUAAUAAAAAAUGUCCCAUAGCAGUGAGGUGUCUUCUUUCACGCACACCAGCAGGGUGGUGAGAUGGGCAGCCAGCGAGCCACUGUUCCUCCUAUUACUUGCACUGCCACUUCUCUUAAUCAUUAGCGUGUCUGGUAAUAGUACUCCGCCAUGCUACGAGCGGUGGUUGGUGACGGUGGGGAAAGUGGGUCACCGCACGCCAAGACCCCUGUGUAUGGCGCACCACGAGUACUGGCACACCGCACGCCAGGGUCUGGCAAUGGGUGUAUCAGUGGUGCGUCACGCCCCUACAUAUAUGUCAUAGGGUGAGUGAGUCAGAUUGACGCCACGAACCCUGUGACACUAGUGAAAGGGAUGGAGGAGGCAAGGAACCACGAAGCCAUCCCCUGGAGGCUCAUUCCUUUGCUUGGCUCGCGGCAAGGUCUGGCAGCCUGAUUCCGCCUCUGAAUAGGUCAGUCUCGGCCUCGGGGAUUUACGGAGAUGAAGUGAGUGAAAGGAAGGGCGUUGCACAAACCUGGGACCUCAACAUGUUGUUUCCUUUUGGCUUUACUUAUUACCUAUAACCAGCAGAAAGAUAUAUUAUGUACUAUAUCGACAAUCACGUCUUAAAUUUUUCUGUGUACCAUAAUGAAAUUUAUGAAGUUCCUAA